CACUUUUUUACCGACAUAACCAAAAAGACACAUGUUUUGAUUUUCCUCGUUACUGUGCCACAUUGUUUCUAACUCUCUUUUCAAUCGAACUUCAGAUAUUACUAUUUAUUAUUUUGCUCCCUAAGUUUAUUGUUUUGUUGUUUGUUAUUUCAUUGACUAUUAUGGAAAAUAAAACAUACUUAAUUGGUGAUAUCAAAGAAAAUCUUGUUGGACUAGAAUUACCAACAAACGGUGAGGUUCUAUCAGCGUUCUUAUAUCAGCAUUGUAUACACAAACUAACAUUAGAAAAAAAGUGCUUCAAGUACAAUAAAAAAAGUUGAACAAAAAUGGUUACAAGCUGGACUUCCAACUUGCAAAAAUUAUCAUGCUGUGCAGAAAGUUUUAAAAUUAUUUAAUGAAUGGUUGAAACUCAAGAAACGUCAAUAUCGAAAAAAAGCUACUGCGCAGACAAAAAAAGAGACAAUGUUAAAAGAAAAGUUUGUAAAAUUAUUUGAUAUUGCUCGUUUAGAUCCGAAGCAAAAACUUGAUGAUACAAAAAAACUAUUUUUGGAAGCUCAACGAUCUAACAAACGUUAUGGAUUUAUUGACACAAGUGCUUCAAAUGAAGAAAUUCAUCAAGUUGCCAUGGAUAUCGAUGUUGAUGAUAGAAUUGCAAUAAUAUUAUCUACUUCGAAUGUCAAUCAACUCCUCGGUGUACCAAAAAUAUUUGACGGAACUGCAGAAAAUCAUGCUGUAGCCAUAUUAAAUACAUUGGAAGACUGGAAAGUUACUCCUUACAUUAAGGCUAUGUGCUUUGACACUCCAGCAGUGAAUACUGGAAUACUAAAUGGCACAGCUGCUUUGAUUGAAAGAAAAUUGAACCGGAAACUAAUUAGGUUACCUUGUCGCCAUCACAUUUUCAAAAUUAUUUUGAAAGGAGUUUUUGAGGUGUUUUGGCCCACAACUUCUGGUCCCAAUGUACCUAUUUUUGGGCGAUUUAAAAAUUGGUGGAGCAAAGCCGAUCAUUUAAAGUAUCAAAGUGGCAUGGAAGAUAAAUUUGUUGCAAAUGCCUUGAAUACAGACAGACUUGAAAUAAUUAAUCGAUAAUUUCUUAACGGUUACUCAGCCAAGGAAUGAUUACAAAGAACUUCUUGAGUUAUCAUUGAUCUUUCUUGAUGGUCUUCCAGAAAAUGAAAUAAGUUUCAAAUGUCCAGGAGCGAUGCAUCAUGCUCGAUGGAUGGCUAAGGACAUUUACAGCUAGAAAAUUUUCAUGUUCAGAGACCAAUUUUCUCUUUCUAAACGAGAAAUUAAUAGUUUGCGUCAAAUAUGUAUUUUUAUUAUUUUAAUCUACAUUAAAGUUUGGUUGACUUGUUUGUUGGCAUUCGAAGCACCGAAUAAUGAUUUGCAAUUGUUGAAAAAGUUACUUCUUUGCGAGGAAAUUCAAUCAUCAGUCGUACAAAAAGCAUUAAAAAAAUUUAGUGAUCAUCUAUGGUACAUGAAUGAAGAACUAGCAGCACUGGCAUUGUUUGACAACAAUGUCUCAAAUGAAAUAAAAAAAGAAAUGUUUGAAGCAAUUAUUAAUAAUAAGGAGAGUAAAAUUAUUCGAGAAAAUCGAUACGUUGCUAAAGGAAUCGAAUUAGAAUCAUUUUUAGAUAAAGAUAUAAGUGAAUUCGUCUCGAAAAAUUCACUCAUGUUUCUCGAAGCCUUCGAUUUAUCAUACGAUUUUCUUCAAGUCGACGUAUCAUUAUGGUCUAAUAAUGAAAGUUAUAGAGAUAAUUUAGAUUUUUUAGAAGACUUUCUGUAGUUAAUGUCUCAGCAGAACGAGGUAUUGCUCUGAUUGAGGAUUACAACAACUGUUUAACCAAGAACGAAGAACAAUUACAGUAUCUAUUGCAAGUCGUCCAAGAACAUCGUCGUAGUUUCCCAGAUUGUAAUAAAACAACCUUAAAAUAGUCACAAUUUGAGAAUAUUAUAGACGAGAAAUCUAAAUGUAAAAGUUAUAGAAUAUAA